UGGUGAGUAUCUAAGGUGCAUCUCUACUUUUGUAAAGAGCCCCCACUUGCAGGCUCUCCACAUCACCUUGUUCUCAACAAUCAGGAAAUAAUAAACCAUUUUGUCCAUCCUUCUUGCCACCUCGAAAUUGGAAUAUAUGCUUAAUGCUCCUCCAUUAUUAAUGGGUUCCAGUUUGAGAUUCCUUGACUUGUGCAUGAUCUUAAAAGUUGAAUUUAUAUAACUUUACUUUUUAGAUGUUAAAAAAAUUGAAAAUUUUCUGCCAACUACCUUUAUUAUUAUGCUGGUUGGUUGAUGUAUGGAGAAGGAAGAGGAUUUUAAUUUUAUUUGCUCCUGGAUUUGUCAACUUUGUUGGGUUUAAAAUCAAUCAUGUUAUGAACAAUUUUAAGGAAAAUUACAGAAACCACCUUCUAGUUAGUGUCCUUUUCAAAUAGACCAUACUUGAAAAAGCCGUUAAACUGCAUGUAGUUUUUUAAUAAUUAUAUUCUAAUUAGCUAGGGUAUGGGUAAAACACUUAAAAAAUGAAGUUUUACUAGCUUGAAUUCUUGAAUUCUGAAGAUGCAGAGAGGAUUCUAAAUUAUUUUAGACACAAGAACAUGUUAGUCUUGUUUUGCUAACCCAUAAAUCAGCAUGUUCUUCACUCCCAACACUUGUUUUUGUCUCAUUAUUUGGUUCAUCAUUCAGUGGAUAUGAUUUUACUUUACUGUAAAUGCGUCAAUUUUGAAUAAAAUAGAAUUUGCCCACUUUAAUAAUUAGUAUGUUUGUACCAAAAGUUCGUUUUUUUCCUUUUUUUUUUAAAAAUAAAUAAUAUAUGUUGUAAUUCACUUACUAGAGAUAUAUAUUACAGAAACAGAAAGCAGUGUCUGCCACUGCCUUGCCAUUCCACCAAAAUAUGUGCUUUUCUUGUGCAGCUCAAUGAAUUUUAUAAUAAUGGGAAGCAAUUGAAGGAAAAUGGUGACUCCCCAAAUGGGAAGACUUCCAUGAAGAGCACAAGUCACAAGGAAAUGUUGAAAAUCAAUGACACUGAAGCCUCCAACCAAGCCAAGCCAAAAGCACUCAUUAGGGUAAAAGGAUAGGUUACAGAUAAAAACAAGAUCCAAUCAAUUGAACUUUGUCAUCUCUUCCUGACAUUACAACAAAGGCUGUCACUAUUACUUACACACACAUGUCUCUUGUACUACCUCUCUCUCUCUCUCUCUAGGUUCUUCAUCUGUUAAAUCUUUGAUGCUGCCAUUGCCAAUAAUUCGUUUUUUUUCAAUUUUUGUUAGUACAGUGUACUGGUUUUUAUUUAUUUUUAGUUUUAUUCUGAACCAUGCAGCGAAAAUUGCUCCAUAGCAAUCCCACUGAAAAAGGAAGAAAGAAGUUGAGUUCAUUUAUUGUUUUAUGAGCAUCAAGAUCGAGAGAAAUAAAUGGAAUUGAAGCAGCUUAAUGGUGUAAACUUCAUUAAAUUUAAUAGGAAUUGAUUUUAGUUAUAACUAAUUCCAUAGAAUUAAAUUCUUGAAAUUAAAAUUAAAUCAAACAUAAAAAUUUAAACAUUAAAAUCCAACCAAACACAGCCUUAAAAACAUUGCCCAUUUGUGUAUGGGACUCCAGAAGAAAGGGGAAAGACAAAAGAAAGAGAAAUUCUUGAUUGUAUAAAUUUACAUUUAAAAGUCAUGAAUUUUAUAAUUUAGAUAAGUCAUUUUGUAAAAGCAAGGAAAAAAAAUCCAUCUCCUAAAUAAAUUUGAUAUUCAAACGCAGAAAUCCUUUACCUGCUAGAUCAAGAAAUUUACUUGUUUUGCAACCCCACAACAAAUUCACCCUAAAAAUCAUACUCAAGACAAACGAAGUCAAUUUUAGCAGGCUGGAGUCGCAUUUCUUUUCACAUGUUUUGGUUAAUUGUUUGAAAAAUCAACAAUCUUACUCUCAUUAUGGAGCAAGUUUGUCCACGUAUUUAAUUUAACUGUUAGACUCAAUUAAUAAUUGGUUGUUACUGCUGAUGAUCGAUUGUUGAUUGGGAUUGAGAUGAAUCGCUUUCAGACACAAGUAUAGCUUUUUUUUAGAAAAUUUUUUUAUAGACUCUGCUGAUGUUAUCUCCUUUUGUCAUAUCCCCCUUUCUCUGCCUCUCUAAAAAGUUUUCUUUUUUUAAUUUUUUCACGGUUCUCACGUGGCAGCAGCCGGGUUCCAUUUUUCGCUUCACCCACUUCCUCCCUCUUUCUGUGGAGCUGAGAAAUUCUCAAAGAAGAUAGAACUGAGUCAAUCAAACACCUGACAGAACAAAACAAACCCUAAAGCAGCUAAAUUUUGGCACUUGUUCAUCUUCUUAUUUGGCUGCAGGCCACCACCAAAACUCUAGCUUCUUCUACGUAAAAGCUUACUGAUUUGGUUACAGGACUCAAAACCCAUUUCCAAAAUAUGACCUUUCUGCACUACCUUCAUACCUUAUAUGAAAUACCUGUGUUCAAUUCAGACCAGCACGUGGUUGCCCACCAAGCAUAAUUUACUUCUGUAGUAGGUCAGAGAGGGGGGCCACGGAAGGAGAUGGGCGUAGGAUUGUAUUGGCCUGCGCAAUUUCAGGGACCUUUUUCACAGUUUUGGGCUUGGCUUCGUUUUGGAUUCCAUGGCAGUGAAUUGGAGACCUUGGAGGAUUUAUAGAGUGGAAGAGGGAAGAGGGGACCUUACUGGAGAUGCUGGUGAGGAGAUUGACAUGAGAAGUUCCCAGGCCCAGAUUGAUCUUGCCAGUGGUAGACUAUGGUUGCUACGUUUUAAACAAGAGGGCUUUCUACUUGGUGCCGGGAGUCCAUCUGGUUCUGAUGUGCACAUUUCUUCUAGUGGCAUCGUCCAAGGCCAUGCUUACUCUUUAUUGCAAGUUAGAGAGGUGGAUGGACAUAAGCUUGUUCAAAUUCACAAUCCAUGGGCUAAUGAAGUGGAGUGGAAUGGUCCUUGGUCUGAUUCAUCACCUGAAUGGACCGAUAGAAUGAAACACAAGCUGAAGGAUGACCCACAGUCUGAUCUUGUCUUUAUCAAAAGUCAAAAGAUGGUAUCUUCUGGAUGUCUUGGCAAGACUUCCAGAUCCACUUCCGAUUGUAUUCUGUUCAUGGCCAAUGGUGAGGCUACAGUCCUGGUGGUUGCCAAGAUUAUGCUUCUUGGAAUGAAAAUCCACAGUUUCGGUUGAGGGCUACUGGUCCAGAUGCAUCAUUGCCAAUUCAUGUCUUUAUCACCUUGACUCGGUUAUACUUGAGUAAUGACCCACAGGAAGUUUCUAUGCCUCCAUAGGUCUCUUUUCUGAAUAGAGUUUAUAAUUUAAUAUCAUCUAACAUUUUGUGUUCAAGGGGGUAAGUUUCUCUAGACCGGCAGCUGGUUUCAGAAAUUAUCAAUCUAGUCAUGAUUCAAUGAUGUUAUACUGGGAUGAAGAUACUUAAGACUCAUGGUCACCAUGCUGCUUACAAUAUUUACCUGCAUGAAUCAGUGGGUGGGACGGAUUAUGUCAAUUCUCUAGAGGUUUCAUGUGAAAUGGUUUUGGAUUCUGACCCAAAAGGUUACACAAUUGUGCCCACUACUAUACACCCUGGAGAAGAAGCACCAUUUAUUCUCUCUGUUUUCGCUAAAGCAUCAAUUACCCUGGAAGCUUUGUAAUAUGCAGCUGUAGUUCUUUUGUUUGCUUGUCCUUUCGGCUGAGAACAAAUCUGUGAGAUUUCAAAUGCUUUGUAAUAUUCAUUGAUCAUGCACCACCUAAAGACAGGUUUUGCAACCACAAAUCAUUCUGAAGAAUGGCUAGGUACCAUCUCAAGUUCCUUUUUCAUUUC